AUGGCCGCGACCGGCGCGCAGCCCGAGCUGGAGCUUAUGCCAGUUCCUCCAACAGCUUCAGAACAAAACAUGCCGCCCGAUGAAGCUGAGGAAGCAUACGCGGUGGACCCACGCCUGCACCGGCGCACUCUAGCGAAGCUCGACUGCUUACUGCUGCCCUUCCUUGCGCUCUUCUUCCUCUUCAAUGCCCUGGACAAAGCCAACGUUGGUCAAAACCACCCGCCCCGAAACGCCGAAUCUGCGAAUUUUACUGAAGAUGUCGGGCUGGAGAAGAGCGACAUCAACACGGCCGUGGCCCUCUUCUUUGCCUUCUUCGUCACUCUGCAGCCUCCUAAGGCGCUGUCCUUGGAAGGAAAUAUGGCUGUCUCGAAGGUAGAGCUACAAGUCAAAGGCGCGUUUGGGCUAAUAGCUGACAUGGUCACAGCGGGCUUCUACCCAGUCACCGUCACAUAUCUGUCCCUCUUCUACACCCGCUUUGAGUUUGGACGACGGUUGAGCUUGUUCUACGGCCAGGCCGCUGUUGGGGGCGCUCUGGGCGGAAUCAUAAGCUGGGCCGUCUUCUCGCGCUUUCACAACGACGGCCCGCCGGGAGAUGCUGGUUGGAGGCCAUGGCAGGUGCUCUUUCUGAUUGAGGGAAGCAUGACCAUCGCCAUCGCGAUUGUAGGAUACUUCGUGCUGCCCCACAAUGUCGAGACCGCAUGGUUUCUUACCCCCGAGGAGCGCCAGUACGCAUCAACACGCGUGUUGCAGGAUCGCAACAUUCAAAACGUGAGCGCAUCGUCCACGCAUGAGGCUCAUGACUACGCAGACGAAGACUACGAUGAUGAGGAGUCCCGUGACUUGCUGAACCCAGCCAAGGCUCCUGCAACUUCACGCGACCAUGCCUCGCUAGACGACCGCGGAGUGACGCCAGCUGAUAUCUUUUCAGCCGUCUUCAACACCAAGAUCUGGCAUUUGCUAGCUUGCAAUAUUCUCUCUGCAAUCCCGGUCUACGCCUUCUCUGUCUUUCUACCUUUGGUUCUGGCUCCGCUGACAAAGAAGUCAAACCCCGCUUUGAUCAAUCUGCUAACUGCGCCGCCACAUAUAUGUGGCGCUAUUGUGCUCUUCUGCUUCGCUUGGUACAGCGACUUGCACCGUAUCAGAUUGAUACCUGUCCUCUACGGUCUCGCAAUCAUGGUUGCAGGCUUGACUAUUGUAGUCGCCUUGCCCGUCUCCUGGGCCAUCCCUCGCUACUUGGCGCUGAACCUUCUACUUUCUGGGACUUACGUCGCUUCGCCGCUGACCGUAGCUUGGAUAUCUGGCAACACGCCUUCGCCUGGAAAACGAGCAGUACUGCUUGGCAUCAACGGUUGGGGCAACUUGGCUGGCAUCAUAGCAGCAAUGCUAUAUCGACCGAGUUAUGCAGAAUCGGGCUACAUUGUUCCAUUUUGGUGGACGCUCAUCUCGGUCGCGCUCUCUGCGAUCGGGUAUCUAGUGUUCUUAAGAAGGCUUCGAAAUGAGAACGCGACCAGGAAGAGAAUACUGAACGAAUGGAGCGAGGAUGCUGUAGAGAUGGAGAGGCUCGAGGGCAAAGGACCGCGUCCACGUGAACACAGGCUGAUCAGAAGGGUUGUUGAGUUUUCGAGAAGCAGCAAGUUAGACUCGCUUGCGAAUUGGCUUGAGGAUGCCACUGAGCGUGGACGCCAAGGUGACGAGCGAGUCACUUUUGUUUACGGGCUCUGA